AUGUUAAAGUCUGCCUUCAAUGCCUCCGUCGGGUAUUUGUCCAGCGCCGUCCCGACCUCUCGCCAUGCCAGAUGCGCGUGCCCCAUCGCUCGCAGACGCGGGGAGCUCGCCUUCUCUAGUCGGAAGCGGAUGCUCCCUCCGGAAGCUGGAAAGAUGGCCGACGUGUUGGACCUCCUGGGGCCCCUCGACGGCAUCUUCCCUCCAUCGGCUGGCCGCCUGUACGCGAGUCUACUCCGGAAAUCCAUCAAAUCGAGGAACAUUGCGAUAGGAAGCAUGGCUCACGCGCACCUGAUGAAGUCGGGGCUGGGAGCGGAGCCCCUCCUUUCCAAUGUUCUGCUGAACGUGUAUGCAAAGGCCGGGCGUCUUCACGAGUGCGCCAAGCUGUUCGACGAAAUGCCUCUCAAAGACAUCAUUUCCUGGUGCACCCUGAUUUCGGGCUGCGUGAGCCGCGGCCUUGAUCUAGAGGCGUUUGGGCUCCUCAAGAGGGUUUACAGGAGUGGACUGAUGCCGAACCACUUCAUCAUCUCCUCAGUUCUCAAGGGCUGCUCAAACUCCGAUAAUUCGGCGCUUGGGACCCAGGUGCACGCGGCCAUCAUAAAAAUCGGGUUGGUGUUUGAUAGCUUUGUGGAGGUUGGACUGAUCAGUAUGUAUGCAAAAUAUGGGGCUAUAGUCGAGGCAAUCAAGUUUUUUUAUGAAAUCCCUGUGAAGUGUCUUGUGUCUUGGAAUGCUAUGAUCUCUGGUUAUGUUCAGCACGGUUUCUUCUCGGAGGCUAUGGAUCUCUCUCGUGACAUGUGCCGCAUGGGUUUUGUCAUGGAUCUGGUGGCAAUGAGGGUAGUUGUGGGCACCGGCUCGGCUUUAGCGAUGAUCAACUUUUGUAAGAAUCUCCAUGCAUAUUCGAUUAAGAUCGGAUUGGACACGGAUAACUUCGUUGUCGCUGAGCAUGUGAAGCUUCUGUCCAGGCUCGGGGAAGUUGAUGCCAUUGGCAAGCUCUUUGCGAGGGUAAGAAAACCAGACGCAUGCCUUUUUGCUCUGACCAUUGUAGGAUAUUACAUCAACGGCCAUAGAUUUGAAGCUGUGAAGCACGCGGAGCAACUCUUGAGGUCAGGCUUGAAUAUGAGCCCGGGAGCAAUCGUCAGUCUCCUGAACCUUUGCCUUUUCAAGGAAGAGGGCAGCCAAGUGCACGCUCAUGUUCUGAAGAACGGGCAUGGAUCUUAUCUCUCUGUAAGCAAUGCUCUGAUUUCCACGUACGCUAAUUGUGAGGCAAUGGAAGAUGCAGAAGCAGCGUUCCUGGAGAUGCCUGAACAUGACAUAAUCUCAUGGACGGCCAUCAUGUCAGGGCAUGCUCAGAAUGCUCAGUUUGGAGAAGCAUUCGGGAUCUUUCAAUCUUGCAGGAAGAAGGGAAUAAAGCUGGACGAACAUGCUUUGGCCACCAUCAUCAACGCCUGCAGUGCCACCCGAACCAUGAAUCUUGGUCAGCAGUGCCAUGCCCUCGUGCUCAAACUCGGCAUCGAGUUUUCCGAGUACCUUGCGGCCUCUUUUCUCCACAUGUAUUCAAAGUGCGGGGAUGUUGACAGCACCACUGCGUUGUUCUACAGCUACCCUUGUCCACACGGUCUGGUUCCCAUCAAUGUCAUGCUUGCUGGGUAUAGUUGGAAUUCUCUGCCAGAAAAGGCAAUAGAGCUCUUCUGCGCAGAGCAUGGACUGGGGUUCAUCCCCAACGAGUUCAGUUUCUCUGCUGUCCUUGGCGCUUGCUCUGAUCUAAGGCUGGUGGUGAUGGGCCAGCAGCUGCAUUCCUGCAUCAUCAAGAGGGGCUUUGAAUCGUUUGAUGUUGUCGUUGGAAAUGCGAUGAUAAAAUUUUAUGUGAAGUCAGGGAAUGUAGAGAGCGCCUGCAGAUCUUUCUACAGCAUGAAUUAUUGGGACUCGAAUUCAUAUGCCGUGAUGAUAUCAGGUUAUGCCCAGAACAGGUGCAACAUGCCGGCCAUGAAACUCUUCUGUCAGAUGCAUCAAAGUGGAUUAAGUAGAAACCCCAUCGCAUUUGCCAGCGUUCUUAGAUGUUGCGUGAGUUUGUUGGCUCUCAAGCUGGGGAAACAGGUCCACGCAUCUGUUUUAAAGACAGGCUUUGCUUCAGAUCCUCAUGUGUCUAGCUCUCUGGUGGGCAUGUACAGCAAGUCCAGUGGCAUGGAUGGCGCAGUGAAGAACCGAAAUGAGAUAUUAACCGGGGACCAUGCUUGGUGGAGCUCCAUUGUUGCUGAGUUUUCCCAGGAGGGGAAAGAAGUGCGGGGAUAUGGAAGGUCAGAGACCAUGAAAUUGAAAAGUUUCCAGAAAGAACGAUUUGGGGGCUCUGUGGAAUUGUUAAAAAUUGUGAAACCUUCUCUAUCAGUGAAGGCAGGAAUAUACAGUCAACCCCAUGAGGUUCAGGACAGUGGCAUAUCAGAAUGCUCAGUAGAAAGCUCCCAGUUUGCGGGAUUCUUAAACCAAUUGCAGGAUGCUCUCAGAGAGGUGGUGAUGAGGAUUUUGGGCUCAUCUACUCGUAACGAGACUGAAAAUGUUUGUAAAUAUUUGCUAUUUCCUCGUACAAGGACAGAGGAAAAUAGAAUGGUUCAUAUCUUGCGGCUUCCUACUUACUGUUUCUCUGACUUACCCAAGGGAGGACUUUUCUGUGCCAGGAGUAGGAAAGAUGGUCAGCAGGAUUUGACUGAGGGAGGCCACCAGGAACCAGCGGUCAAAUUUAUAUUUCAGGCUUUUGUUUUGGAUAAAAACCCUGAGUUUAUUUCUCUUGUGUACAUGAGGACCACUGCGCUUGUUUAUCGAGCUUUUGUGGCUACACCUAAAGGUCUUAGAUACGUUGACUUUCAAAUAGAGACUAGAGAGGGCUUAACAGCUUCUUCCUUCUCGAACGGUUUCCUUCAUUGGAGGACAGAGAAGGAAGAUGGGUUUCUGGUCUUCCUUGCUGGGUCUCAGAUGGGCACCAUGGCGUUUCUAGCUUCUCUGAAAGAACACCAGAGCCCAUCAAUUUUUUCGCGUCAUCCCUGGGAUUGUGGAUAG